GCCCAACCUGCGCUGUGUCUUCUGACCAAUCAGAAGCCGGAAAAGGAGAGCGAGUCAGGCUCGGCGCAAUGAGUGUUUGAAGCCCGGCAGCAUCAUGUUUGGCUGUCGCUUAGGAGAGAGUGAAUGAAAUGUGCGGGCUGUUGGCGGCGGAGUGCGGGGUAGCCGCCUGGGUCCGGUGAGGGGAUAGUGUCCGGCUUUCUCGUUAGUCCAGUGUCAGGCGGAAACAUGCCCUCUCCGGUGACAUGGGCCCCAGCGGCCGCUCUGCUCUGCUGUCUGCUCGCUACGCUCAUCGCACAAGGAGCCGGCCUGGAGGACAAGGUGAUCUAUGCUGUCAAUGCCGGGGGCGAUGCUCAUGUGGACGUGCACGGCAUCCAUUACCGGAAGGACCCGCUGGAGGGCAGAGUAGGCAGAGCAUCAGACUAUGGAUUGAAAUUGCCAAUUUUACGGUCAAAUACUGAAGAUCAGAUUCUGUACCAGACCGAGCGCUAUAAUGAGGACAGCUUUGGAUACGAGAUCCCGAUAAGGGAAGAAGGAGAAUACGUUUUGGUGUUAAAAUUUGCAGAGGUCUAUUUUGCACAGUCCCAGCAGAAGGUGUUUGAUGUACGUGUGAAUGGCCAUAUUGUGGUAAAAGACCUGGAUAUAUUUGACCGUGUGGGACACAGUACAGCACAUGAUGAAAUCGUACCUAUUGUCAUCAGGAAGGGUAAACUGAGUGUACAAGGGGAAGUCUCCACCUUUACUGGGAAGCUCAAUGUCGAGUUUGUAAAGGGAUAUUACGAUAACCCCAAAGUAUGUGCGCUUUACCUCAUGAAAGGAACAAUUGAUGAGGUACCAAAACUGCAGCCUCAUCCUGGCCUGGAGAAGAAGGAAGAGGAGGAAGAAGAUGAAGAGGAUGAAGGCCCAAGUACAAGAAAGCAAAGCAACAAGAACCGUGUGCAGUCUGGUCCUCGCACUCCUAACCCAUAUGCCUCAGACAACAGCAGCCUCAUGUUUCCAAUCUUGGUGGCCUUUGGAGUGUUUAUCCCCACACUCUUCUGCCUAUGCCGGCUAUAGGAGGCCGGGUGCCAACUUAUGUUUUUCUUUUUCUAGUUUGCUUUUUUUUUUUUUCAGUAAUUUUUCAUAAACUACAGCGAUGAAGCAGAAAAUCUCCUUCUCUAAAACUAGAGGGGAUUGGUGACCCUAAACAAGCAGCAGAUCAUUGUACCACAAUAAUAUGACCUAUGAUAAAUGGUUACGGAGCAGCUAAAUACUAGACAAUUCUGCCAAAUGUUCAGGUAUGUGGUCCUGAGUGAGUUUUAAGUACCUAAUAUGGUAACAUUCAUAAGAGAACUGAGCAAGACUUAUUUGAACUCCCUGAGAUGGAGGCGCUCUUUGAACUAUGGCUUCACAAGUUGCAACCUACAAGAUGAACGUGGGACUUUUUUUCAGGGUACUGUUUGUGCAUACUCUGUUUCUUGAUGUAAACGGUCACUGGGUUUCGGUUUUCUACAUCACCAGACAACAUUGUUAAGCUGUAUCUUGUCUGAUGUAUGUGUGUGUUUUUGUCUGGGGUCAGGAAUUUGACUUAAAUCUCUUUAUUAAUCCUGUUUAGUGUGUGACAACUUCCUCAAAGCAGCUAGGCUUCUUGCUGUAAUAAAAUGGAGAACAUCGGCUUUUGGGAAGACUGUUUUGGUAACUUGAUCUAUGUUGCACACAAUUUACAGUCAUGAAGUGACCCAUUAAGAAUUGUAUUGUUUCACCCGCUUAAGAGUCCACAGGCUAACGGUUAUGAAGCCUGUGCCCCCCCCCUUUUUUUUUUUUCUCCUCCUUAUUGAAUAAUUCCAGCAAAAUAUUUUAAGCACUCCUUUUAUACAUCAGCCACUGCCUGUUCUAGUAUGAAGGAUUUGUUUGCCUCUCAAAUUGCCAUUUAACACCAUGCUGCUGGGAAACGUGGAAAUGGUUUGUACUAAUUGCACCAGAGCCUGCAGUUUGUUUAUUUCUGCAGCACUUUCAAAGAUUAGUUUAGUUGGUGAUCGUCCAGACUGCCGGUAUAGCACAUAUAACCAGGAAUUUCCUGGACCAGGACUUGUUUGGAGGGCACUGUUUUUGCUGCCUUGAUAUGUUGUGUGUUUGUUUUUUUUUUUUUUUUUUUUUUUUCUCUUUUGUUGAUUGCCUUUUUAAUUUGCCUUUUUGUGUGGUGGGGUGUUCAGACUUUCUUUUGGCUUAAAGCUGAGUGCAAGCUUAAGAUCUUAAGGUCAAAUGCCUUUUUAAAGAUAGUUUUAUGGUACAAGAUUUGAGUCAUGUGAACUUCACAUAUGCCAAUGUCAUUUAAUGCUUGCGGAGCAAUAUAGACUGAACAGUGCAAUGAAGGAAUACUCAAGUUCAGAUAAGUGCUUCUCCUAUGUGGUGCUGAUGAAAUGCUGUCAGCCUAUUUCUAGCUGGUGUUUUGAUGCAUUACUUGGACAUGACUGGGUAAUAAAUCCAGCUCCUAGGUCCAUCCGCAUCAGAUCUGAGAAUUGUAGCAGAAUGUGGUUCUAAAUCUCAGACCUUUUUCAUGCUGCUGCUGUUCUGGAAUACAAUCUAAUCUAGCAUCCACUGGGGAAAAAAGAGUCUUAUUCUUAUGCUGCCAAAAGAUCCAGAGUUUAGUCUGGUCUUCACCCAUAAAAUACUGCUUGAUAUUAAUAACUUUCAAUGUUUUUAGUUUUACCAUAGUGUUACUUUUCACCUAUGGUCUCUGGACAGCAGGCUACUUAUUGCAAAAAUGUCUGUAAACAUAAUUAUCAAGUGCUGUUUUAUGGUCUGAGCAACUUUUUUUUUUUUUUUUUUUUAAACCUUUACAUGCUUGAUCAUGGGAUUGAUACACAGUAGGUACUACCUUUUUUCUCUGAUAACUUGAAAUGUAUGGGUUGGGUCAGAAAUUUCCAGUGUGAUCCGUGCUUAAUAUAGCACAAUGGAACCAUUUUCGUUUGGCCUCGUAAAAUGUAAUAUCUUAAUACUGUGUGGGAGAUGAGUUGUGAUGAAUGGAUCACUGGUCCCUUCUUUUUUUUAUUUUUUUUUUAUUAUGUUCAGGUACCAAAUGAGAAAACAUGGUACGGUUUCUGGGCUCCAUAUAAUCCCAUAUUGAUUUUCAAUGUGUUUUUUGUUUGUUUUUUUUGUUCCUCAAGAACCAUUUCUUUAGAGGCGGGGAUAUAGUUCUGCUUUGAACCUGUUUUUCUUGCAAUAUCAAAUAAAAAUGUUUUAUUGCCUUUUUAA